UUUAGAUACAUACAGACAACAUGUGCAAAAAUAUAAUUCGAUCAGGAAACCGCAUGCUUUUGAGCGUUUUAAAGCACCCUGAUCUGAUAAAUCACCUGGACAGAAAAAUGACGAAAGAAAUGCUACUCUUCUUGUAUAGCAAUAUUCCAAAAGGCGCCCAGAUAUUGAAUUCAUUGAAUACAAGAUCAAGCAUGCAAGGUUUCCCUGAGCUGGAUUUACAAAUGAUAAAUCAGGUGAACAUAAUUCUUAAAAGUCAGCUGCAAAUUAAAGGAUGCUAUUAUAAAUUGACUGUGGAGGAGAAAAUGACAUAUAGAGAUCUCUUCGUGUGGUAUUUACUGACAGAACAAACAGAACCAGCUUUUCAUAUUUGGAUGUAUUCUAAUGUGUUGCCUAUCUGGGACGCUUUGUUAUGCAGCUUCAUCUUGGAUGGAAUGAAACAUAUUAUAUAUGGACAGAAAACUAUAACACUUUUCAAACAUUUAUCAAGAGAGUAUGUGCAGCAUUCGACAAAUAUUCUUCAUGAGUGCUACAUCAAUGAAGAAUAUCCAGAUUCGAAAGACAUAGUCGAACAUGUGCUGUUUGAAAAACCAUAUGAAAUUUUCCUGCAUGCCUACAACAAGAAAAAAGAAAUUUUCUUACACCAUAGAUCAAUCACGGACAUAAUCUAUAGGCGCUGGUAUGGAAACAGGCUUCACGGCACUCAGUCUCCUAAGGUUGUAAAGAUAGUACAAGCAGUACUUUUCUUUUUGAUUCUUCCCUUUUGUUUACUCCUUUUACCAUUUCUAGCACUUUUCAAAGAGGAAUUUCUUCGACGAAUAAUGAACAGCUACAAUACGGCUUUUAUCAAGUGUUGUUAUUUCAAUGUUUCAUAUACAGCCUUUAUGUGUGCUCUUACGGUGACUGUUUUAUCCGGAGUCUCUGAUCCUUUCUCUUGGACUGACCUGAUGUUGUUGGUGUGGUCAGCUUGUUUUGCUCUGGACGAAGGGAGGCAGAUAGUUGCAGCCCAAGGGAAUGGUAUAGGAGAAAAGUUUCGAGCUUACAUAGACUGGAGAAAUACAGUGGAUCUUGCUAACGUGAUUCUUUUCUUCAUUGGCAUGAUUCUCAAAUAUUUCAAUGUUAGUUAUUUAGCUCGGGUUAUUUUAGUCGCCAAUCUUUUGCUGUUUUUCCUGCGGAUUCUUGAUCUGACAUCGGUAUCAAGGAGACUUGGUGUUACUUAUGUGGUUGUUAAAACAUUGAUCACUGGAAAGAAAAAAUUUAUAAUUUGUGUUCAGAUUGUAAGAAAAGAAUCUGAUUCACAUAAACCUUCUGAGGUUGUGACAAUAAUUGACAAUGCCAUGGGGAAGCAGUACUGGAUUAUGUAUGGCGAUAACAACGUUGACGAUUUUGAUACCAGCGACAGCAAAAUUUCAGUCAGACUCGUUCCCUAUCUACGAGGCACAGCAGCACUGAUUUUCUUUGUGCUCCUCUUUAACACUCUUAUUGCAAUGUUCACGGACCGAUACCAAAAGAUAAUAACACAGAGCAAAAUGCAUUGGUUGUACAACUUUGUUGAGCUUAUCGAUGAUUACGAAGAGAAACCUAUUUUACCACCGCCUUUUGUUAUGUUGUUUACGCCACAUAUGCUGCUGUUCGGUCUUAUGUGGUGUUUUACCAUCCCAUUUCAAUCGUGUUCCGAUCCCAGGCACAAGCAUUCUCUUAAAAUUUUGACAAGGAUCUUUUGCAAGUGCAGACUCCGAAAUCUGAAACGAGGGUCGGAUUUUUUUGUAAAAUUUUAUUUGUCAUCUGCAGUGAAGCAUAAACCCCAGUUUACAGAGAAAAGAAUUCACAAUAUUUUAUCAGAGAUAAAGAAAAAGUACAUCCACAGAUGGAAAAAGUCGGAUAUGACGAGGAAGCGCUGA